AUGGACAUCCUAUAUAAUCAAUUCUUUGAAACCCCCGCGUAUCCGGUCGCGGCUUUCACCGGUCAGACCGUUAUCGUCACCGGCUCCAAUGUCGGACUCGGAUUGGAAGCAGCGCGGCAUUUCGCUCGUCUCGAUGCAGCCAAAGUCAUUAUCGCGGUUCGUAACGUCUCCGCUGGCGAAGAGGCGAAGCAGAACAUUGAGAAAUCAACCGGUCGCUCCGAUGUAUGUGAGGUGUGGGAACUAGACCUUGCUUCUUUCGAGUCCGUGAAGGCUUUUGCGGCGCGCGCCAGCACUCUGCCUCGUCUGGAUGUUGUCGUGGAGAAUGCUGGCAUUGCGACGAACACAUACACCAAAUCCGAAGGACAUGAGCGUACGAUCACCGUCAACGUGAUCAGCACUUUCCUUCUUGCACUGUUGUUACUCCCAAAGCUCCAAGAGACUGCCAAGAAGAUUCCUUCAUCUACACCUCAUCUCUCGAUCGUGUCGAGUGAAGUACACUCAUGGUAUGAUUUAAAGGAAUGGAAAGCGGACCGGGUGUUCGACACCCUCAGUGAUGAGAAAACCGCCAACAUGUCGCAGCGCUACCCAGCAUCCAAGUUACUGGAGGUCCUAAUUGUCCGUCACAUCGCGCCAAAACUUGCGGGCUCCGGCGUUAUCCUUAACAUGCUCAACCCAGGCCUCUGUCAUUCAUCGCUCCAACGGGAGAUCAGGUCCAAUGCGUUUGCGAACGUGGCCAUAGGCAUCGCCAUGAAAAUUUUCGCGCGAACCACAGAGGUCGGUAGUCGUACGCUUGUUGCUGCAGCUGCGGCUGGUCCGGAGACACAUGGGGCGUAUAUGACGAACGGUAGAGAGGGAAAUGCGGCGCUGUCGCCUUUUGUGAAGAGUGAGGAGGGCAAACAGGCACAGGAGAAGAUUUGGAAUGAAUUGAGCGAGAUCUUGGAGGGUAUUCAACCAGGCGUCACUGCUGUGCUUUCUUGA